UGUGUGUGUGUGUGUGUGAGUGUGUGUAUUAAUAUAUUUUAAAACAAUUAAUCUCAUGAAAAUUAAUCAUACAAUAUCCCUUAUGUUUAUUAUAACUUAUUAUAAAUAUGUUUAAAACUUACCGUAAUGAAAAGAGCAAUAUAGCUCAAUAAAAGGGAUAUCGUAUAUUCUUAUAUUCUUAUUCAGACUACGCACGAACGCAUGCGCACUGAUACAUUCGGUGUGCUCGGACUGUAAACAGCUUAAGCAGGCGUCUAAACUCUUCUGUGCACUAUUCUGUUAUUGUAUUUUCUUCCAUUAUUAUUAUUCCGAUAUAAUAUACCAAAAUGCAGCUUGUGAAACGAAAUUGAAGUUAUCAAGAUGAUAAGUGUAAAUUGAAUUUGCUCUAGUAUAAUGGAUUUUCAAUGAAAGGAAGAGAGUUAAUAUAAAAAAAUGUUAAAGACAAUGACUGAUACAGUUCUUUAAAUUACCAAACAGAAGCUAAGACUGACAGUAAUUCUGCUGAAUUAAAAUUAUUCCAAGAUGUGUGACUGGUCUAUGGACAUGUGUCUCUUACUGAUAGAUCUUUAUGAACGACAUCCAGUAUUAUGGGAUCCCAGACAUUAUUAUUAUUAUUCUAAGAAGAAGAAGUUGGAUGCAUGGGAGGCGAUAGCUCAAAGUAUGAAUCUUGAUGUAAAACUCGUACGACAGAAGAUGGUCAGCCUACUUGGUUCCUUUCGGGCACAGAAGAGCAAAGGCAAAAAGUCAGUGGGAACUGGAGCAAAUAAAAGGGAUGUCUACAUUUCCAAAUGGUUCGCAUUUAAGAGGAUGCACUUUCUACUAGACAAGGAUGAGCCCAAAAAUAACAGUCACACUGAGACAGGCAAUUCAGAUCUAACGAACGAAUCCGGCCCUUCGUCGCCUUUGUCAGAUGAAUAUUAUCACGAGCCAACAACCAUCAUAGAGACACAUGACGACUCCCAUGUGAUGUUACUGGACAACGAUCAGAGCAACUUGACUGUGGAUGAGACAGAUGACUUGCUGGGAAAAGAGAUGAGAGAUCCGGUGUCUAAGCGAUCGAGAAAGAUGAAACUGUCGCAGGAUGAUCGUAGGGUCGAGCAAUCAUUCGACGCGCUGCAGGAUAUGUAUUCGCCCGCGCGAGCGCAAUUUAUGCCUCUCCAGGAUCGUUUCUCCACGUACGGCGAACAUGUAGCGAACAAACUACGUACGUACAGCACGAGGACGCAGGCAAUCGUCGAGCAUGCGAUAAACAAUAUCCUCUUUGAAGCGGAUAUGGGCAACUACGAGAAAUUCGAGGCGGACGAUCCGAUGAUCUACAAUCAUUUCCUGAAAUGUCCUGUGGUCUCAUCCAGCACGGCGUCGUCGUGCCACAAGUCGGAGCCGUCGUAACGAUUGACUCGACAUAAGUUUAAAUUACUGUGACGCUGCAACAUUCUUGAGCGAAAUGUGAAUUCCAUUGAAUGAACCAUUGGUGUAAAUUAAGUCUGAUAUCGAUUUUGUGUGUGCGUGCUUGUAUGUGCACGCUAAAAAAGAUUUGUAUAUAUAAUAAGUAUAUAUAGUCAUACAUAAUAAUACAUAUAUAGCUUAUGAGGCAACUUUUACUUUGAAAUAAAAACUAAUGGCGAAUUCGAUUGGAUGCACUAGUGCGCACCGACGCACACUGCUCCAGUCUGCUCUGGUCCAUCCAGUCAAAUUCGUCAUAAAAGCUGAUACGACA